CUGGGACACGAGCUAUUCCUGAGCAAAGCUCUGUUGUGAAAAGUUCGUCAAAGUCAACUCAGACAGAUGGGUGUAAUCCGUCGAACCUAGCCUUAAUAAAUCAGAACCAAUCAACACAAACUAAAGACAGUGAGCAACCACCGCCAUGCGUUAAACCCGAGGACAUCCAAUUAUUGGCACAUCAGAUAAAGGAGAUGCAGAGCGACUUUCGUGACAUGAAAGUUUAUGUAAGUAGUAUCUUAUUCGUGCAAGUAUUCUGUUAUUUAUGUAAGUAGUAUCUUAUUCGUGCAAGUAUUCUCUUAUUUAUGUAAGUAGUAUGCUAAAUCUGCUGGCAUUUCACGUAAAUUCAUUCCAUGAUGUUGUUUAAGUUCCAACAUAUUCAGACCGUGAUUUUUAAUUAGUUUUUAUGUUAGUGUUACUUAACUCAUAAGCUAAAACGUUUAAUGUUUUAUAACAUUCAACGACGAUUAUGCCAGCAAGGUUAGGAUUAUUUGUUUGAAAUACCGCAGUCCCGAUAUAUUCACCACUUGUUGACCGUCCCCCUUAACGUAUCCAGCAGGCCAGUGUCGGAGACAGCCUUGACAGGCUUGAGCGAAACGUUGGAUGCGAGCUGCAGAGAGUAGCAGCAAAACUCAAGACAGAGGUGGGAGACUCGAUAAGUCAAGCCCAUGAUCACGUGACCCAAGUGUUGACCUCUCAUUGGGCAGCCACCGUGGAGCGGUUCAAUCAGGUGAUGAUAGUUCACCUUUUUUAUUUUGUGAAAUUCCUAGGGUGUUCCGUUUGUAUUUGACAUCAAUGCAAUUUAUUAACGAGGUUUUUGUUUUGUUUGUUUGCCUGUUUGCUUUUCGUCCUUUGUCACAAGAGGAAGCUUCCAUCAACUCUGUCACAAGAGGAAGCUUCCAUCAAUCAAUUUCAAAUUAAAGCUCUAGCAAUGAAUUCGUUGCCUCGCCAAGACGUGUUUAAAUUUAAAACAUAAUUGCAAUGAGUGUGACUAUGAAAUAUUUCAGUCUGUCAGUGCAACAAUGUCUACACACCAACAAUGUCUCACGCAGCAAGGUGCGGAGAUCAACAAGCUGGUGGUCACACUGCAGGAGAGCAAGUAGGAACUUUCUGGGGAGUCUUAGUUUUGGUUACUUAGAUCUCUGUUUUGUUAGCCACCUUGUAUCAUGUUGGGCGUUACAGCAUUACAAUGAAUAGAGUCUGUGAAGCGUUCGGCGUUUUUGUUUUUUAAUCAAUAUUUGAAUAUUAGAAUUUCUUUGCCUUCAGUGUUACAAACUUUGGAAAUAUAACGGAUUUUGUUAAGAAUUUUAUUUAUUGUUGAUGCUUAUUUCUUUUUGUUUCAGCAGUGGUGUUUUAACAUUGUAUGCUUGUAAUUAGUUUUUGUAGUGUUGCGUUUGUUUUAAAUGUGGUCAAUUAUAGAUUUUUUACUCUUGUACCGCGCUUCGAGCCUUUGGGGAUGAAGCGUGUUUUUGAAAUACACUUUAUUAUUAUUAUUAUUUAUUAAGAAAGGUUGGGAGUGGGAGGGGGAGUAGGGGAAGAGAUAGGGAUGAAAAACUUACAAAGGUGAAUUCAAUACUACGGGAAGGAAAUACAAACUACUACAGUACAUUCUUUGAAAUAAAUUUUAACAAUUUUCCACAACGUUCGGAGAGAGGCUUAGAUAUAAUGGCUUAGGUUCAGAUAAUAUGGUCUUGAAAACACCCCUGAACGGUCAAGUGAUAAGUGGACGUAGAAUUUAUACUUAAUUUUAAGGAAGUCAUCAUAUUUUAAAUUGGAUGUGUGGAUAUCAUGCAUGUUUAUUUACCGUGUGUCUUGUGCAUGCAGAUCAGGCGUGGACAGCAAGGAACAAAGCACUAAGAAGGGGAUGGACUAUGACACUUUGAAAAUGAGAGUGGUGGAG